UUUUAUUACACUUCUUUCUGUCAUCUCUAUUCAUUCAUUUAUCCUAAUCUCUAUAUCCUAAAUCUGCUAUAUUACUCCGUUCUAUAUUUGUCUGUUUAUCUCAGAUUCCCUUUUUGUCCUUUCAUUGAUGCCAUACGUGCUGUGUCCGUGUUUAAUUGAGGAUUGUCUUGGAUUAGCUGUUUGAGAAAGCCUUAAUCUGUUUGAGUCACUGAGACACAGUUUAUGAGAGAAGAGCUGAGGCUAAUCACAGAGAGUGCCUGUGCUAGUUAACCUGAGAGAGACGUUUGUGGAAAAGCAGAUCUCUUUGAGCAAAGACCUGGGGAUGGAUGGCGAGGCUGUGAAAGACUUACAGAGUGAGGAAGACAUGGAGCAGGAAAUGUCCUCUGAGAAAGAGGAGGACAGUGAACCAGAGGAGGAAGACGAAGCCGAGGAGGAAGUGGCAGGAAUGCAGGGCAGAGGGGAUCUGAGGGACAUGGAGGUCUGGAAUGGGUUUAUUUCGGGAGCAGGAAUUGCAGCUGAAGAGGAGGCGCUGCUGGACUGGAAGCCAGGUGACCCUGUGACCCCUCAGUAUGUCCUCAGGCUACCAGGAUACACAGACGACUACCUGUGCUCCCCAGAAGACAACAUCUACAACAUUAGCUUCUCACGGUUCAAAAUCAGAGACCUGGAAGGUGGAUCGGUCAUUCUGGACCUAAAGCGGCACUGUCCGACAGAAAUAAAGGAUGUCAUAGAGCUGGAUGCAGGCCGUUUCAUUCAGUAUCAUUUCAGUCCUGCUUUUCUCAGUCUCAGAGAGAUUGGAGCCACGCUUGAGUUUACAGUGGGUGGUAAGGCAGUCAACAAGUUUCGGCUGAUUGAGAAGCAUUACUUCAGGGAUCUGCUGCUGAAGACGUUUGACUUUGAGAUCGGUUUCUGUAUCCCACACAGCAGAAACACCUGUGAACACAUUUACUGCUUACCAGAUCUGGAUGCCCACACAAUUGAGGAGAUGAUCAACCACCCUUUUGAGACACGCUCAGACAGCUUCUACUUCGCCAAUAACACACUAAUCAUGCAUCAUAAAGCAGAGUACUCCUUCAAGCAGUGAGAACCAAGCCUAAACAUCAAUCAUAAAAUAUGGCAGCAGAAGACAUAUGCAGAGUAGUGCUGUAUAUUUGGUUUCAUAAACCAUAAACUAUAGGAAAAGGCAUUUCUUUGUUACUUUCCCGAUGUUUGUGCUAGAGAGAUGUUGUGUUGCUUGCACACUAAUAAAAAGACCUUUAUCAGAGAA